AUGGGGAAGAAGCGAAAGUACUCGUCGGAGAAUGGAUUCGGCAUUGGAGAGACGCUGGCGAAUAUCAACGGCUCCACCGACAAACCUGAAUCGCAAAAUGCCGAUUCCAAGCCCGACGAAGACGGUUGGCAGGUUGUUCAGCACCGCUCAAAGAAGCCUAAACAUGACAGGUCCUAUCCGGAAUUCGUGCAUUCUCCAAACUCUCGACUCCAGUCUCAAGUCUCUGUCAGCAAUUUGCAAAGUUUGAUUCUUUACCUUCUUGCUGAUGGCAUCGCUCCGCAAUGGAUAUCCGUCAAGAAUCGUACUGCGGUCAAGAAAGUUGUUGUACUCAUGGUUCCAGGACUUGAAGCUGGAAUGUUUCAUGGGACCAUCGAUUUGGAACCGCCAUCCGAUAAUGGUCCAGCAGAUACUGUUGGUACCUCAGAAGUGCAGGGUCAACAAGCAUCAAAUCCAAGUUCCGAUAAUGGCGCCCCUACCUGCACAAGGACGCGUAAAUUCAUUAGCCCAGAUGAAUAUUAUCCUGUCAAGCUUGAGAAGGAAAUCCUCCCUUCAGUCCUUCAACCACUAGCGGAUAUAUUCCCUCAUAUUUGGCCGGUUAAAGCUCCCGGAGACGACAAAUACUCUAGAGUGUUCUCCCCUUUGCAGGCUGUUCUCACGGCUCAUAUUCCAAAGUCGCAGGAAGAUAAGAAACUCAAAGGGCCUAAACCUCCUCGGGCGUCAGCCUCUUUCCAACCCAAACGCACUCCCAUUACCGCUUUCAUUGGUUCUCUUGACCAGCUUAUUGAAAAUGACUUUGUUAUUCAUCCGGCGAUGCUUCAGACUGAGCAGGAAAAGGAGGAUCUCAAGCAACGGCGCGAAAAAUCGAAGACAUCGUCUGCAGAUGGGUGGGUCGACACGAACGUGAACUCCCUAGAGGAGGCAACUGUCCCCGAAGACGAAUAUGAAUCAGGCAGCAUGGCGGCUGGACACGAAAUCCUAGCAAUUGAUUGCGAGAUGUGCAUGACCGGGCAAGAUCAGUUUGAGCUUACACGAGUUAGUGUGGUCGAUUGGCACUCCAAGGUCGUGAUGGAUGAGCUCGUGAAGCCGAACAACCCCAUCACCAACUAUUUGACUCCCUAUUCUGGCAUGACCAAAGAGAAGCUCGAUUCUGUCACGACAAGGCUAGAAGAUGUUCAGAAGCGACUCAUUUCCCUAAUCACUCCUCGCACCAUACUCGUCGGACAUUCAUUAAAUGCCGAUCUAACAGCUCUGAAGAUGACACAUCCGUUCAUUGUUGACACGACCAUCACCUAUCCCCAUUCGCGAGGUCCUCCGCUAAAGAAUGCACUCAAGUUCCUAGCUUCAAAAUAUCUUGGGAAGGAGAUACAGAAACAACAUGGCGUUACCGGCCAUGAUAGUAUCGAAGACGCCUGCGCGGCACUUGAACUUGCUCGACAGAAAUGCGAGAAAGGGCCGCAAUGGGGAACGAGUGAGGUGAGCUCAGAGGCAAUCUUUGCGCGCCUCGGGCGCUCACCUCGGCCGGCGAACCAUCGAGCAAACCCAACGGUGGAGGAGUUCCGAAAAGGCGCAGUUGUGGAUUGGGGCAAUCCUCGAAAAGGACAUGGCAACGCAGCGGAGCUGAGUAUCGGUUGCGGCACAGAUGAAGAGGUGGUAGCUGGUGUGCAAAGAGCUGUUUCCAAACCCUCUGAGGAUAACGGUAUUCCGAUAGGAGGUCUCGACUUCGUAUGGGCGCGAUUCAAAGAGCUGGAAGCAGUACGGGGUUGGUGGAAUGAAGGACGGUCACUAGAGAUGGAGAAGUUUCGGCGUGAGGCUCUCAAAGAAUAUCAAACCUCCGGUUCAAAAAGCGAGGAGGAUGGAGCCGCAGACGCGUCGCGUCCGAUCAACCUCGACCCAGGCAGCCUCGCAAAGGCCGUCGGCAGAACGGUUGCAAACAUCACCAAGAUCUACGAGUCGUUGCCGGCCUGCACGGCGUUCAUCGUAUACAGCGGAACAGGCGAUCCUCGGGAUCUGGUACGAAUGCAAGGUCUUCAUCAAACCUUCAAGCGCGAGUACCAGGUUAAGAAGUGGGAUCAAUUGAGCGUCAAGUGGACAGAUACCGAAGACCAAGCCUUGAAAGCGGCAUCCCGGACAGCGCGAAAUGGCAUUGGCUUCAUGGUGGUGAAAUAG